UGGGGUUUUUUUAGCAAGAUUGUGCUUUUGAUUUUUUUUUUCAAUUUAAGAAAAAAAAAGAAAAACUUUUUUCUCAGAGGGAGGAGGAAGAAGACAAUGGGCUCGCCGUCGAAGGCCGGCGAGUACCCGACCCGGAUCCAGGCGAGGUCAUCAAUGAUCGAAUCGUUUCGGGGGUGCGGACUGACUGGAAUGAGGAUUGAUAAGGAGGAGUUGAAGCGGAAGCUUUUCAUGCCUCGAUACUUGCGUCUCGCUAUGCGUGACUCUAUUAGGUUCAAGGACCCUACCGCCGGUGAGACUCGUCUCCAGGAACGUGGCGACGCCGACGCUUCCAUCGCCGGCGGCGAUGUCGAUGGGGCUGAGGAGCAAAAGCACUCGCCCUUGUGUCCCAUGGUGGUUUUCAUCAAUUCGCAUAGCGGUGGUCGCCAUGGGCCCAUGCUCAAGGAGAGGCUUCAGCAGUUAAUGGGGGAAGAACAGGUUUUUGACCUAUCAGAUGUGAAGCCUCAUGAAUUUGUCCGUUAUGGACUGGGUUGCCUUGAACUGUUAGCUCAACUUGGUGACUCCGUUGCUAAAGAGUGCCGUGAAAAGAUGAGAGUUAUGGUUGCAGGCGGUGAUGGUACUGUUGGUUGGGUACUGGGAUGUCUUGGGGAACUUAACAAACAGAAUCGGCUUCCAGUUCCUCCCACAGGAGUAAUUCCACUUGGUACAGGAAAUGACCUAUCUAGGAGUUUUGGCUGGGGUGGUUCUUUUCCUUUUGCGUGGAAAUCAGCCAUUAAAAAAUCACUCACCAAGGCUACUACUGGUCAAAUUUGUCGUUUGGAUAGUUGGCAAGUUCUAUUGUCAAUGCCUGCUGGAGAAGUUGUGGAUCCACCUCAUUCUCUGAAGCAUACAGAAGAGUGCGCUCUUGAUGAGGGGUUGGAGAUUGAAGGGGAGUUGCCUGAGAAAAAGACUUGUUAUGAAGGAGUAUUUUAUAAUUACUUUAGCAUAGGAAUGGAUGCUCAGGUGGCUUACGGCUUUCAUCAUUUACGUAAUGAGAAACCUUACCUGGCACAAGGACCAAUUUCUAAUAAGCUGAUCUAUUCUGGUUAUAGUUGCGGUCAAGGUUGGUUCUUUACACCUUGUACAAGUGAUCCACGAUUAAGGGGACUAACAAAUAUUUUAAGGCUGCAUGUCAAAAAGGUCAAUUGCUCAGAAUGGGAGCAAAUUGCUGUUCCGUCAAGUGUAAGAGCUAUUGUUGCUUUAAAUCUUCAUAACUAUGGAAGUGGACGACAUCCCUGGGGCAAUCUGAAGCCAGAUUAUUUGGAAAAGAAAAAGUUUGUUGAGGCCCAUGCUGAUGAUGGUCUUCUAGAAAUUUUUGGCCUUAAGCACGGGUGGCAUGCAUCAUUUGUUAUGGUCGAACUCAUCUCUGCCAAGCACAUUGCUCAGGCCGCCGCAAUCCGGUUGGAAAUUAGAGGAGGCGAGUGGAAAGACGCCUACAUGCAAAUGGACGGGGAGCCAUGGAAACAGCCAUUGAAGCAGGAAUUUUCAACAUUUGUGGAAAUAAAAAGGGUUCCUUUCCAGUCUCCUAUGAUCAAUGGGGAGUGAGUGAUUGAUUAUACAGGUUUGCAAGGGUCUGUAAAUCAGGGUUUAUUUAUUAUUGCCUUUGUUGUAAAAAAAAAAAUAUAAUCUUUAGGCGUCAAGGGAAGGGGGUUAUGUAUUGAAUUUAUUUGUUAGUCAGAAAAAGAAUCACUUUUACCUCCAACUCUGAGAAAAGAAAAGAUUCUUUAGCUCAAUCACCAGGUCACUCACUGAUUUCACAAGUUUGAUGUAUGAUUUUACCAAAUUUGCUCUUGUUCUCAUCUCCCAUA